GUUUUAACUUUAUAAAAGUCUCCCUCUCCAUACCCGAAGACAGAGAAAUUACAGAAGCUCAUCAGUCCGUCUGUGAUUGCUUUCGCAGCAUCACCACCACGACACAAUGCACUUCAAUCUUCUUCUCACUCUCCGAAGUUAAGGUACCCAGCACCCACAUAGUCAACAGUGGCGGUCCUCUUAAUGCAACCCACAUUAAGUUUGAAUCGAGCUGGUGUUUUCCAUGGCCAACCUUAAAUUGGAAAAGGAUGUUUCAGGAGUUUUGAGAUCAAUUACAGAUUCACCGCCAACUCAUUUCUCCCUAGAAAUACAGUUUUUCUCAUUGAUAGCGGAAAAGUAUUCAGAGGAUGGAUAUGAAUCAAAUGAGUUUGAAGCUGGAGGGUACAAAUGGAAACUGGUGUUUCACCCAAAUGGAAACAAAAAGAGGAAUGUAAAAGACCACAUCUCUCACUACUUGGUAAUGGAUGGAGUAGAUUCACUAGAUAGUAGUUGGGAAGUAUAUAUUGAUUUCAGAUUGUUUCUGCUGGAUCAGAAUAAGGGAAACUACUUGGUUUUUGAAGUAGACGACACAUGUGUGUUUGGAGCCGAGGUCUUUGUUUGUAAAGAAAGACGAACAGGCAAAGGCGAGUGCCUAACGAGGAUGAAGAAUGCUUCUGUAUGCAAACAUGUCUGGAAGGUUGAGAAAUUUUCAUCUUUAGGUGCUCAAGCUUAUCAGUCUGAACCGUUUGCUAGCGGGGACUAUAAUUGGAAAAUACAGCUUCAUCCUAAGGGAAAUGGCAACGGCAAGGGUAGUCAUCUUUCUCUGUUUCUGGUAGCGGCUAGACCCAUGACCAUCCCCCCUGGCUCUAAAUUAUUUGUGGAGUUAAAGUUUCAUAUCCUGGAUCAAAUUCAUCAGCAGCAUCAUUCUUCUCGUGGUGCUAAGCACUGGUUCUGGGCAGAUUGGCCUGGCUGGGGUUCUGAUAAAUUCAUUGAACUAGAAAAUUGAAGGCAGGUAGACAAGGGUUUCUUGAAGGAUGAUACUUGCAUAGUGGAAGCAGAAGUGACCGUCCAUGGAAUUUGUAAAGCACUAUAGCACACUAGUCCUUGAUCCUCAAUCAAAGGACUGCUCACUGCUAGUUCACUGGUCUAUGUUAAACUUGUCUUCAUGUCUACAAAUUCCGUGAUCUUCCCGUUAUUAUUAUUAAA